CAACCCUAAAAUCCAGCAAGCAGCUGAUACGCAUCAAAAUAAGUACAGAUUUGUAGAAGCCAUUUAAAUAAAAUUGUUUUAAGAUAAUAAUUUCUGGCAAAUUUAGAGCUUUAUAAUGACUACAGCAGCGCGUCCAACAUUUGAUCCUGCGCGAGGUGGUUCUGGACGUGGUGAAAAAGAUUUAAGCGCACUCAGCAAACAGUAUUCGAGUCGCGAUUUGCCCGGACAUACCAAACUUAAAUACAGGGAAACUGGCCAAGGAACCAGUGAGGAGACCCGCAAUCGCGACUUUCGCAAAGAGCUCGAGGAACGGGAGCGCGACUUACGCUCUGGCAACAGUUCGGGCAAGGCGCUGCCAUCCAUCGUGCGCAAGGCCAUUGAGGCAAACAAUGCGAGUGGGAGCAGCGCAAACAAACGUACCAAAUUGGAUAGCCUGUCGCAACAGCAGCUACAGCAACAACAACAUGCAGCUAAUCUCGAUGCCGAUGAGCCGCUGGACAACGACAGUUCAGAUUCGGAUAGCGAUUCGGACAAUGAUGAUGCUGCCCUGCUAGCCGAGUUGCAGAAAAUCAAACAGGAACGCUUACAAGAGACGGCACGCCGUGACGCCGAAAAGAAGCAAGAGGACGAGCGUAUACGCAUGGAAAACAUUCUAUCGGGCAAUCCACUAAUUAACUAUGAGCCUGGUACAGCGGCAUCAGCUGCUGGUCGCACCUCUGGCAAUGGCGGGGAUCUGAAAAUAAAGCGUCGUUGGGACGACGACGUUGUGUUUAAGAACUGUGCUCGCUCGGCUCCCGAGAAGAAAACUCACUUUGUCAACGACGCCCUGCGUUCGGACUUCCACAAAAAGUUUAUGGACAAGUAUAUUAAGUAGAUAAGUUAUCGGAUUAAGAUAUAUGUAAGCAGUUGAGCUCGACUGCACAGAAAGCAUAUUUGUAAUAGUUUUUUACAGCCCAACUUUUUUUUUGUUCGCUUCAAAUUAAUAAAUUAAACCAAACAA